UGAAAUCAUAUCGUUUAGUUCGGGUAAAUGCUGGAGCCACGGGAGUAAUGGUCUUUAUCUGCAUUCUGCUGUUAGCGAAAUGCUGCAACAGCGAGACAGAAGAAGAUGCGGUUUUGGAGAAAGCCCAACUUUCCGAACUCUACAGUCGUGGUGCCUUCAUCCUGGAGAGCGUUCAGAUGAAGCGUUGCGUCAGCCUGGACCGGUCCAACCUGGUUCUGGAGAGCUGCGAGAGGCCGACCCGGCACAUGCUGUGGAAGUGGGUCUCCCGGCACCGGCUCUUUAACCUGGGCGGGAGCCUGUGUCUGGGGCUGAACCUCAGCGACGCGCUGCAGCCGCUGGGCGCGUUCGAGUGCGACACCCCGCUGCGUACCCUCUGGUGGCGCUGCAGCGGGAACAGCCUCUUCGGCGCGUCCCAGUUCAAGAUGGCCUUCACGGGCCGCCUGGUGGUGGCCAAGCGGACCACCUUCCACCAGUGGAGGAGGUACGCCACCUUCGGAGAGGGGCCCUGCUCCUACCCUUACGAAGAGAUCCACACGCUGCUGGGGAACGCUCACGGCAUGCCCUGCGCCCUGCCCUUCAAGUACAACAACAAGUGGUACUCGGAGUGCACCUCCGAAGGCCGGGAGGACCACCGCCGCUGGUGCGCCACCACCAGCCGCUACGACGAGGACGAGAAGUGGGGCUUCUGUCCCAGUCCAGAGUCGGGUUGCGACACGUUUUGGGACGUGAACCAGGAAACAAAGGCAUGCUACCAGUUCAACCUGUACACCAUCAUGACCUGGAGCCAGGCGCACUCGUCCUGCCAGGCCCAGGGAGGAAACCUGCUGAGCAUCACUGACCCCCUGGAACAGCGCUACAUCAGAGAGAGGCUGAACGAUGUGGGGGUGAUGGUUUGGAUCGGCCUCAAUCAGCUGGACGAGAGGGCGGGCUGGCAGUGGUCUGAUGGAGCUCCCCUGGCCCUGGUCAACUUCACUGCAGGUGUGUCGGCCGGGUCGGGCCGGGAGAGCAGGCGGUGUGGAGUGUAUAACUCUGUCUCAGGCCACCAGUGGCAGAGUCUCUCCUGUGAGUCUGCUCUGCCCUACAUCUGUAAGAAGACCCCCAACGACACCAGACGAGCGGAGCCCUUCGAGAACUGGCAGUACUACCACACAGAGUGUGCCGCAGGCUGGACGCCACACAACCGCUUCUGUUACCGAGUCCUGCCGGAGCCCCACAGCUGGGAGGACUCCUCAGCCGUGUGUCAGUCCAUGGGGGCCAACCUCACCAGCGUCUGCUCCCUCUCUGAGGUGGAGCUGCUCAUCGGCCUUCUGUCCAUCUUUUCAGGCGCCGGUUCUGAGGUGUGGAUCGGCCUGAGCAACAGGACGUCUCCCAGCUUCGAGUGGUCGGACGGCUCCCCCGUCACCCUCACCGCCUGGCACCGGGACGAGCCCAACAUCUGGCACGGCACCACACAGCUCUGCGUCAAAGCCCACGUGGAUGAAGGGAACUGGCUGUUGGCUUCCUGUGAUGAAAAGCUACCGGCUGUGUGCAGGAGACCAGGCCUCCCUCCCGCACCCGGCUCUGCUGCAUGGGACGAGGGCUGUCCUGAGGGUUGGAAGCGGAGGGGUCAUUCUUGCUACAUGGUCACAGGCCAUUUACAAAACUAUGAAGACGCGGUCAGGGGAUAUUACUGUAAAGCACCUCUUGUCACUGUGGAAAACAGGUUUGAACAAGCUUUCUUAAACAGCCUGAUAAACUCAGUAGCCGGUAACAUGAGCCAGUACUACUGGAUCGCGCUGCAAGACCAGAACAGAACCGGCGAGUACAGUUGGCUGGCCCAGAACGGAUCCGCCCAUCCCCUCCUGUACACCAACUGGAACCGGCACCAGCCAGUCAGUUCUGGGGGCUGUGUGGCUAUGACUGGCGGCCAGGCCCUGGGCCACUGGGAAGUGAAGGACUGCAAAUCCCAUAAGGCCUUGUCUGUGUGCAAGCAGAGCAUCGGCAGCUACCAGGAAGUCCCCGUGCCUGCCGUGCACAUUGACAAGCGUGCGGCCUGCCCGCCCGGAUGGGAGAGCAAUGCCAGGCUGCUGCACUGUUACAAGGUGUUUCAUAGUGAGAAGAUCCUAAUGAAACGCUCGUGGGAGGAGGCAGACUUUUUCUGCCAGGCUCUGGGGGCAAACCUGGCCAGCUUCCACCACUACGAGGAGGAGGCCUUCGUCAAAACGAUUAUAGCAACCAUGUUUGAUGGGCCAGAGAGCCGCUGGUUCUGGGUCGGCUUCAACAAGAGGAACCCCCAAUCCGCAGGGUCCUGGGAGUGGUCUGAUGGCACACCUGUCGUCUCUUCAUUCAUAGAGGACAAGAACAAUGAGGACGAUAAGCACAACUGUGCCGUGUACAGUGACUUAAUCAACACACUGAUUCCCCAGCCCUGUGAUGCUAAGCAUGAGUGGAUCUGUAAGAUACCUCGAGGGGUGGAGCUGAAGAGGCCAUACUGGUACACUGAGCACGGCGAGCCCUGGGUCUUCCACAGAGGGGCCGAGUACUAUUUUGACCGGCAGCCAUUUCCAUGGGAGACGGUGGCCUUUGCCUGUAAGAUCAUGGGAGGCGACCUGGUGUCCAUUCACUCCCCUGUGGAGCAGAACUUCAUCAGGGACCGCACACAGAGGGUGUCACAGGGCUCUGUGGAGUGGUGGAUUGGACUGUCUCUGGAUACAAUCGACCAGGAGUUCAGAUGGACAGACGAAUCUCCGCUGGAUUUCCAGAGGUGGGCAGGAGGGAACUCCUAUCACCCCCCGGGGAAGAGCAGCGCCUGUGCCUAUAUGUCCUCCCUGUCAGGAGAGUGGUCAGCAGGUCAGUGCAGUGAUCGCCGUGGAUACGUCUGCAAGCGCAAGACUGUGUCCGUCAUGGAGAUCCCCCGAGAGCCGCACCUGAUUGGUGGAUGCCCGGAGAAGUGGCUGUAUUUCGGACACAAGUGUCUGUUGCUGCAUUUGCCGAAGCACCCGAGUAACGGGAAGACCUGGAAAGAUGCCCAGGCCAUCUGCUCGUCCUUUCAGGGGUCACUGGUGGCCAUAGAAAACGAGAUUGAGCAAGCUUACAUCACAAUGCUGCUGGCCGGGGGGUCAACGAGUGUCUGGAUUGGUCUGCGGGAUGAGGACACAAUGAAAUGGACCAAUGGGAGACCUGUGACAUACACUAACUGGUCUCCAACUGAACCCGAGAGUUCUGUUUCUGACUACGAUGCGCUGGUGGACAGGGACGACCCCCUCUGCACUCUGCUCUCCAACAAUCACAACUUCCACUUCACCGGGAAGUGGUACGACGAGAGGUGUACGCAGGGAGGGUACGGGUUUGUGUGUCAGAAAGCCCAAGACCCAUCUAAACCCCCAUCCCAAUCCUAUUUUCACCCUCUCCCCGAUACUAUUGAGUACAAGAACCGCAGCUACAGGGUUGUCCGUGGCAACAUGAGCUGGUACGAGGCGCUCAAUAGAUGCUUAGAGAAUGAGACUGAGCUAGUGAGCAUUACAGACCCCUUCCAUCAAGCUUUCCUUACUGUCCUUGUGAAUAGAUUGGCAUUCCCCCACUGGAUUGGACUGUAUAGUCAAGACGACGGGAUUAACUACCAGUGGUCGGACGGCAGCGACGCAGUUUUCACGCACUGGGACUCGGGCGAGGACGAGGACGACGACGCCCUCGGGGACUGCGUCUACAUGGACCCCCGCGGGGGGUGGCGCCGGGCGGACUGCGAGACCCCCCUGCAGGGUGCCGUGUGCCACGUGCCCCCUCCGCAAAGCAACGUGUUUGCGUAUGAGGUGGCCUGUCCGAAGACGUGGGUGAAGUUUGAGAGCCGGUGCUACACCUUCGAGCCUGUGGUGCAGAGGAUGGGUUUGGAGGAGGCCAGAGAGCACUGCAGAAGCAAAGUGAACUCCUCCGACCUUCUGACCAUUAAGAGUGAGGAAGAGAACCACUUCAUCCUGGAGGAGCUGAAGUCGUAUGGAUUUCCACACCAGACCAUGUGGCUUGGAAUUCUGUAUGACACAGACAAUGAUGCCCUGGCGUGGGUAGACGGCUCCCCCAUCAGGUACUCCAACUGGCACUUCAAAGCGCCAAACCCAGAGGUGCUCACUGUCGACACGUGUGUCUCCAUGAGGGUGUCCGACAGCGUCUGGCACCUGAGUCGCUGCGGAGACAAGCUGGGAUUCGUUUGCAAAACGCACUCGGACGCAAUCACUGAAGUGGAGGUGGAGCCACUAAAUGGGUUGCACCAUAGCAUCGUUCCGGUUGCCAUCCUGGUGGCCAUCUUGAUUUUUGGGGUGCUGGUAGCCUCACUCUGGGUUGUGUACAAGAGGAACGCUGCACGUUUCAGAAGACUCUCGACCUUGGGAAACGCUUAUUACAGACAGGCCGACUCACAGACAACAGAUUCAGAAGGAAAUAUCCUUAUCACAGACCUUGACACGAACACAGGGGAGUAGGGCUUGCUCCCGAGGGUUUGUGUCUUUAGCCGGAGAGAUAUCGGCUGUUUGGAACAUUUGAAGGACCUUAAAACAAUGUAUGCUUGAUUUUUUUCAUGCGACUUUUACAUCAGGGAUUGGUGAUAUUUUGACAAUAGGCUCGGCUGAAGGCAGAUGGCUUCUGCACUAUUGAAGAAGGACAAAUAUUCCCUCUUUUGUAUGAAGCACACAAGAAAAGUGGCAAAUGAGUUUUGGCCCGUGAAUUUACACUGUAGCUGUCUGAGCUUGUGAUAUAGAAGAACUAAGGAGAUCCAGUGAGAAUCACGAAAGAAGUUGUUCCUCAUGUCAUGUGCAGGGAAUUUGUGGUGAAUCAUGAUUAAGUUAUUAUUUCAUGCAUGAAAUGUA